AUUAAACUAGGCCUACAUAAGCAAGUUGUAGUUGUACUACAUAAAUAAGGCAGUAAAGAGAAAGGAGGCAUAAAAGGGACAGCCACAAUUGCCACCCUAUUUCAUUUCAUGUUCCUCAUAUUCAAUCAUUCUCAAGUCUUCUUCAUUCUUCUUCAAACAUGGAAAGACCAAACUUUUCUACUACUUGUCAACAACCCAUCAUCACUCUCAAAGGAACUACUACUACAACUACAACAAACACUACUUCCUUGUUUCAAAAGUCACUUCCUCAUCUCCCCAAAACCCUAAACCUUACUCCUCUUCCUACUCCUUUCUCCUCCUAUCCGACUUUGGCACCAACGACAUCUAUCGAGGAUGUCGUUGAUGAUUCCGAUCAAAUUAGCGUAUUCGAUGCCGAAAACUACUUCAAAGAAGGAAACGAGUCAAAGGAAAGCAAAAGGAUAUCGUCGGCUUCUUCGACGGUUCCUAGACUUUCUUCGGGAUCAUCGGUUAAUGGGUAUGGACGGAGUUAUCAAACGCGUUCCUUUAAUGCGACGCCUACUGCCUCAUCGGAAGCAAGCUGGAAUAGCCAAGUUGGUCUUUUGAAAAAUAAUCCCCAUGAUCAAUCCAUUGCCAUCAAUUUGAAUGGAAACCUUCCUCCUAAUAAUUAUCAUGGUUUUCAAAAUCAAAAUGAUGCAAAAAGAGGAGUGGAUGUUGUGUCUUCAAAGAAAUGGUCGUUUUGUUUGAAAUGUCCAUGUGCCGGUAAGAAGUCCAUACAAGUCCAAGACAAUAAACCAAACUCGUCUUCAUUUCCACAAUCCCCGAGCCCGAGCCCAAGAGCAAACAAGAUCAAGAUGGAUUCGGUUUUAAUGACGAACACGGCCAAUCACAAAGGAAUUCGCUCGGAAGAGUUUGCGUACAUGUCAAGGGAUCGAACCGGAUUUCGAAUGAACAAUGUUGGCCACAAGAAUCAUCAUGAUCAAAUGUUAGACGAGGUUGGAUUCUCGUUCCCGGUUUUGAACGACCGUCAUCAUCAUCAUACGUCGACACAAGCCAAGAUCGUGUUGAUGAAGAACUCGAUUCCUGAUCCCAACAUGGACGAUUCACGUCGAGAUUCAUUGGAAGUUUUCCAUCCAUCUAAUAUCAAUUUGUCUACAAGAAAACAACUUAUAAGUAGCAUCAAUUUUCCACCCGGGCUCACGACACGUAUUUCCACCUUAGACGAGGACAUGGCAAGUGAUGCCAGCUCUGAUCUAUUCGAGAUCGAAAGCUUCUCAACUAUUACAACAUCUACUCAUCCCCUCUACCGACGUCGCGACUCCCUAGAGGAAACACGGACAUAUCGAACUAGCCUAGAUGAGCCAACGACACCUUCUAUAGCACCGACUGAAUGCUACGAGCCGAGUGAGGCUAGCAUCGAUUGGAGUGUGACGACAGCAGAAGGGUUCGAUCGAGCAAGCGUGGCGAACUUCUCCGACAUCGAUAUGGAGGUAAGGAAGAUCCAAAGGCGCAACUCAUCCAUUGGUGGUAUUCUAAACAAGGUGAUGGCAUAAAGACAAGUUUAAGAUAUAGUUAAAGAGUAUUUCAAAGGUGAAAAUGAAUAAUCUUGAGAAAAUGCCAACUUGUCAUUUGUAAAGAAUAAUUUGAAAAGGCCAACUUAUGUCAUUGUGUGUGUUUGUACCAACUUGUAACUUUAUUGAUAUGAUAAUGUUUUGCAUUUUAAGA